AUGGCAAAACUGAUUAGAUGUGCAACAGUCAUCAUUUGGGAUGAAGCUACAAUGACAAAUCGUUAUGCUUUUGAAGCUUUGAAUCAAACACUCAUAGACAUCACUGGUGUUGAUUAUCCAUUUGGUGGCAAAAUUAUGGUGUUUGGUGGUGAUUUUCGACAAGUACUUCCAGUUGUUCCUAAAGGUACAAAAGCUGAAACUAUUACUGCAUCGAUAGUCAAAUCACCUCUCUGGAGUCACAUUCAAAUAAUUCGUUUAAAGCAAAACAUGCGCUCUAUAAAUGACCAACGGUUUGGUGAAUUUCUUUUAUUCGUUGGAGAUGGUGUGCAACCUACCAUUAUAGAUGAAAUGAUCAAAAUACCAACAUCGAUGGCAAUACCAUGGAAUGGUGAAGAAUCAAUAGUUCGACUAUUAGAAGAAAUUUAUCCUAAUAUCAAAAACCAUUCUUCUGACACCGAGUAUAUGGUUAGUAGGGCAUAA